UGUUCCCUCUGUUACUUCUCUCCGCGUUUCGCCUCUCUCUCUCUGCCCGCUCCAGCUCAGAGGGCGACUCAACUCUCCGGAUCUCCGCCGUCGUUUUCUCUUUCUUCCGCCUCUUUCCGCUAUCCCUCGAUUCUCCGGGAUACUGGAUGAGAUAUUGGAUUUGAUCUCGACAAGCUCGUCGUCUGGUUCUCGCCGUCGCAGGGUUAGGGGUCCUGCUCAAAUGGAAUCGUCCGCCAUCAAUACUGAAAAUUCUAGGAGAGGUUCUCUUAGUAGUGAGAAUUCCAGAAGAUACUCUAUACUUUCGGCUUCUAACAUCAUCCAGGCGCCCAUAUCUACCUUGCUAGAGUAUUCGGGUCUGUUGCGAACGAGAGCAGGUCCUCUUGGUCAGGAAGCUGAGAUUCUGAUCCACGACGGUCUUCAAAACCAGAGCCGUCUUGAUGAUUCUGCUGCUUCCUCCAAUGGUGAGGUUGCCAUUAGGAUCAUUGGGUCGGGGGAGCAGGAAACUGACGGUGAAAGCAGUGUCAGAGAAGCCACUGGACAUCGACAGGGUGAAGUUUCUGUUCAUCAGAUCGAUGGGUUGGUUUCUGAAAACCAUGGUGACCGUGGGGCUGUGGUUACUGCAGAAGGGUUAUCUCAGGCUUCUCCCAUUUCAGUUGGUGACUCUGAAGCUGGUGAUGCCAUAGGCUCUGACAGUCGAGAUUCUCCUUACCAGAGAUAUGACAUUCAGCAGGCUGCGAGAUGGAUCGAGCAAGUUCUUCCCUUUUCUUUGCUUUUGUUGGUUGUUUUUAUCCGCCAGCAUUUGCAGGGUUUCUUUGUCACAAUUUGGAUUGCUGGCGUCCUGUUCAAGUCAAAUGAUAUUCUAAAGAAACAAACAUCUUUGAAGGGGGAGCGACAGAUCUCAGCUUUGAUAGGCAUCUCUGUAGCAUUUACAGCUCAUGCCAUCGGUGUUUAUUGGUGGUUUUGGGAGGAUGAUCUAUUAUUUCCAUUGAUCAUGCUGCCUCCUAAGUCCAUACCACCCUUCUGGCACGCCAUCUUUAUCAUAGUGGUGAACGAUACACUUGUCCGGCAGGCAGCAAUGGUGCUGAAAUGUUUUCUAUUGAUGUAUUAUAAGAACAGUAGAGGUCGAAAUUAUCGCAAGCAGGGUCAAAUGCUAACGUUAGUUGAGUAUCUGAUGCUUCUGUACCGCUCGUUGUUGCCUACCCCUGUCUGGUACCGUUUCUUCUUAAACAAAGAAUACGGAAGCCUCUUUUCCUCGCUUAUGACAGGGUUGUACCUAACUUUCAAGCUCACUUCAGUAGUGGAGAAGGUUCAAUCCUUCUUUACUGCACUGAAGGCAUUAUCACGCAAAGAAGUGCAUUAUGGGUCUUAUGCGACGGCAGAGCAGGUGAAUGCGGUGGGCGAUCUGUGUGCUAUCUGUCAGGAGAAGAUGCAUGCCCCUAUUCUCCUUCGCUGUAAACACAUAUUUUGUGAAGAUUGUGUUUCGGAGUGGUUUGAGAGAGAAAGGACAUGUCCAUUGUGCAGGGCCUUGGUGAAGCCAGCGGAUCUUAGAUCAUUUGGUGAUGGAUCUACAAGCUUGUUUUUCCAGAUAUUCUGAACUCUAUAAUGCAGGCACGGAGUUUCGGCUUGACUGCUUAAACACGCUCAUAUCCUCAGUCUUUGCAUUACCAGUGUAAUGUACUGUGUAAUUUCACAUUUGACCCAUUCAAGCUGUGAACAAAACAGUAAAACACUGAUGAAGGCUGGAGGGUGUUAAUACAUGCCAUUUGUUAAUAGGCAGACGUCUCUCUACCUGCA